GAAAACGGAAAGACGCCAGGAAAUGGCUGUAAGAAGUUUGGGAACGACGGAAAUUCGGCGAAGAAUGGGUCCAGGCAAGAAUCGAGUGAAGCUAAGACAAGUAGUUCCAAAGCUGUCACCAACCAUCAUUCCGCUGGGAAGACUACGCUUUUUCGUAUUAUUCCAGUGACUUUGUAUGGGAACAAUCGAUCUGUGUCCGUGUAUGCUUUCUUGGACGACGGCUCGGAGAGAACGCUGAUUGACGAAGAGUUGGUAAAGGACCUUGGGGUUGUAGGAGAUCCGCAACCAUUGUGCUUGCAGUGGACGGCGAACGUGAAGAGGUCAGAAGCUAAUUCUCAACGGGUCGCAUUGGAAAUAGCAGGACGGUCAGGGGCAUCCAAACAUUCUUUGUCGGACGUGCGCACCGUAAGCAAGCUGGACUUACCACGACAAUCCUUGCGGUACGCGGAACUCGCAGAAACCUUUCCGUACCUAAAGGGCCUACCGAUCGAUGAUUACGAUCAAGCGGUACCGCGCAUCCUCAUCGGAAACGACAACGCUCACGUUACAUCGACACUCAAGCUACGAGAUGGCCGACCGGGAGAGCCGAUAGCAGCAAAAUCACGUUUGGGAUGGACGGUUUACGGAUCCAACCAGGACAAGUCAGGGGAUAUCGUUCAUAGUUUCCACAUAUGCGAGUGCCAGGAGGCCGAGCAGACCCUACAUGAGCUCGUGGAGAAGUUUUUCUCAGUCGAGAGUCUGGGUAUAAUGGAAGUCGCCCAUCCUGAGUCCGCGGAAACUCAACGAGCAAAUCGGAUCCUGAUGGAAACUACUAAGCGGGUCGGACAGCGAUUCGAAACUGGGCUUCUCUGGAAGUACGAUAGCUUCGAGUUCCCGGACAGCUACCAGAUGGCGGUUCGACGACUGCAGUGUUUGGAAAGGCGUAUGCAGAGGGAUUUACUCAUCGGCGAAAGUGUGAGGAGACAGCUUUCUGAGUAUCAAGCGAAAGGGUACAUACACAAAGCGACCCGGAAGGAGCUCGAUGAUUCAGAUCCACGGCGUACGUGGUACUUACCUUUAGGAGUGGUCAUCAAUCCCAAGAAGCCGUCCAAGGUUCGUAUCUUCUGCGAUGCAGCGGCCAAAGUGGAUGGAGUCGCACUCAACACGAUGCUGUUGAAAGGGCCGGAUCUGCUAAAUACGUUGCUCAAUGUUCUAUACGGAUUCCGGAAGAAACGGGUCGCUCUGUGCGCGGAUCUGAAGGAGAUGUUUCACCAGAUUCGGAUUCGACGAGAAGAUCGACAUGCGCAACGACUGCUUUGGCGAGAUGAUCCUACACAAGCCCCCGAUGUGUAUUUGAUGGACGUCGCAACGUUUGGUGCAACGUGUUCACCGUGUUCGGCACAAUUCGUGAAGAAUUUGAACGCUAAGGAGCAUUCAAGACAGUAUCCAGUUGCAGCCGACGCAAUUAUCCGGAAGCACUACGUGGAUGACUACUUGGACAGCGCUGACGACGUUGACGAAGCGGUGAAGCUGGCACAUGAAGUCAAACUGGUCCACUCUCUCGGCGGAUUCCAUCUGCGGAACUGGCUUUCGAAUUCCACCGAGGUUCUCGCACGGGUCGGGGAGAGAGACCCAGUCACAGAAAAGUGUCUCCAGCUGGACAAGAACAGUUCAACCGAACGCGUGCUCGGGAUGUACUGGAAGCCGGUCGACGAUGUCUUCACGUUUACAACGACGCUAGCGGUGGGUGCGGAGCAUCCAACUAAGCGCCAGGCACUGCGAGUAGUGAUGAGCCCAUUCGAUCCGGCAGGAUUGUUGUGUUUUUUCCUCAUUCACGGCAAGGUACUAAUCCAGGAGCUGUGGAGGGCGAAGACGACAUGGGAUCAACUAAUUCCGGAGGAGUUACUUGGAAAGUGGAUGCGGUGGACGAGUUUGUUCAAACAUCUGGACCCGAUUAGCAUUCCGCGUUGCUACUUUCCGCAACGUUCGGUGAAAGAUAUCUUGUCGCUGCAACUGCAUAUCUACGUGGAUGCUAGCGAAGAAGCUUAUGCGUGUGUCGCUUACUUUCGGGCGGUAUUUCCGGAUGGGAUUUCUGUUGCGUUAGUCGGUGGGAAAUCCAAGGUGGCUCCACUGAAGGCACACUCCAUCCCACGGUUGGAGUUGAUGGCAGCGGUAAUCGGAGUUCGCUUGAUGAAGACCAUCCUCACUGGGCACUCGCUCGUAGUCGAGAAGACAGUGUUAUGGUGUGACUCUAAGACGGUGCUGGCUUGGAUAAAUUCAGAUCAUCGAAGAUAUCGCCAGUUCGUAGCUUGCCGAGUAGGUGAGAUUUUGUCCAAGUCGGAGGCGAAGCAAUGGCGUUGGAUAUCAUCGAGAAAGAACGUCGCCGACGAUGCGACAAAGUGGGGAAAAGGGCCGUGUUUGUCCUCAGGCGGCCGUUGGUUCCGUGGUGACAACGAUUUAUAUUUGCCAGAAGAUCAAUGGACCAUAGAUGCAGAUUCAGUCGGCGCGACGACCGAUGAAGAGCUGAGGUCGUGUUUGGUGCACAAGGAGGUUAUCGUACCGCCACAACUUGUGAGGUGGGAGCGAUUCUCGAAACUGACGCAUUUGUAUCGAUCGGUAGCACAUGUUCAUCGCUACGUACAAAAUCUACGGCGAACGGUAAAACGAGAGACUCGACUGGACGGACCACUCACUCAAGAGGAAUUAGCAACAGUCGAAACCACAAUCUUUCGUUGGGUGCAGUGUGAGCAGUAUCCGGACGAGGUGGCGACUUUGUCAGUAAUGCGGGACAAGCAGCCAGGACAACAGGCGCGGCUAGAGAAAACCAGCAAAAUAUACAAACUGUCUCCGUACUUGGACGAAGCAGGUGUUAUUCGUUCUGAUGGAAGGAUAUCUGCUGCGACCGUCGCCGCGUUUGACGCUAAGUUUCCAGUAAUAUUGCCGAAAGCCCAUCCAGUGACUAGACUGCUGGUUGAAUGGUACCACCAACGAUUUCUUCACGCCAAUGGCGAGACUGUCGUGAACGAAGUGAGACAGCGUUUCCACAUAUCGCAGCUGCGCCCGUUCGUGCGUAAGGUGGCUAAAGAGUGCGCCUUGUGUAAAGUCAAGAAGCCAAGUCUGGCGACACCCCGAAUGGCUCCACUCCCGGCGGCCAGGUUGCAGGCGUACGUACGUCCAUUUUCCUACGUAGGCGUCGACUAUUUCGGGCCGAUCGGCGUGCGGGUGAACCGAAGUAUUGCAAAACGAUGGGUAGCUCUGUUCACGUGUAUGACCACACGAGCAAUCCAUCUCGAAGUCGCUCACACACUUUCAACGGAAUCUUGCAAGAUGGCGAUCAGGCGUUUCAUCGGACGCAGAGGAGCACCUGUGGAGAUCCGCAGCGACAGGGGCACAAAUUUCGUGGGAUCGAGCAACGAACUUAAGCAGGAGAUGGGCAAAAUCGAGCGCCAGCUUGCCGAAACGUUCACCAACGCGAACACGAAAUGGGUGUUUAACCCACCUGGAUCACCUCACAUGGGUGGCGCCUGGGAGCGUCUAGUGCGGUCGGUGAAAAUCGCUCUUGCUGCAAUGGAGUCUUCUCGAACGCCGAACGAAGAAACGCUGGCAACGUUGCUAGUGGAAGCUGAGAGUGUGGUCAAUUCGAGACCGCUAACAUAUAUUCCUCUGGAGACGGCGCAACAGGAGGCUCUAACACCGAACCACUUUCUUCUAAUGAGCUCGAGCGGCGUAACGCAGACUCCGAAGACGCUUACGGAUCCAAGACAAGCCUGCAGGAACGACUGGAAUCUAUGCCGUACAAUGGUAGAUCAGUUUUGGCGCCGGUGGGUGCGGGAAUAUCUUCCUACCAUCGCACGUCGUACCAAGUGGUUUGAGGAGACAAAACCGAUCGAGGUAGGAGAUUCGGUGAUCAUCGUAGAGGAGAAGAUACGCAACGGAUGGAUUCGAGGACGUGUAGCCAAGGUCGUGGUGGGCCGAGAUGGGCGAGUUCGCGAUGCCGUGGUGCAAACUCCCGACGGAAUGGUGCAUCGACCUGUUGCAAAGCUGGCGCGGAUCGACAUAGAAAAGGUGGGGCUUCAGCCGGGAACAGCAGAAGGUAAAGCUGAACCGGAGAUAGCUAACCAGCCUUACGGGUCGGGGAGUGUUACGGUAUGUCCCGCUGACCCCUUCCAACUCCACGGUCUACCACCUGUCGGUGGACAAUUUUGAUGUAGUGAGGACCAUUUGAAAUGGAAGGAUAGGAAAAGGGAAAAAAGGACCGUUUGAAAUGGAAGGAUAGAAAAAGGAAAAAAAGGAUCGUUUGAAAUGGUAGGAUAGAAAAACAUAGACGUCACGUAGAGAUGAGAGAAAGGUAUAAGAAAAAAGAAUAGAUAGAAAUUGUUGGAAGUUUAAGUAAAUAGAACGUUGAAUUCGUGAAGAUAUAAGCAAACAUUUAUUUCCGUAAGUAGAUCCUAUGGCAGCACGAAUUUACAUGAGUACAAUUUCUGAAUUAAAACCUAAACAGGUGCCGGAAGGCCAAGAAACGCACUCAACCGUUCGAAUUGUGCACGAUUGAGGUUAGGUGAUACGUGACUUGCGUAUUGCCCUGUAAUCUAGCCGUAAUUGUUGGGAAUUAACGAGAUACAAUAAUUGACCGAUCUUUUAGCUGAUACCGUUUGGAAUACAUUCCUUAGGGUGUUGCUGAAAAGCCUCUUAUUUAAUCCACC